AUGCCUCAUGGAUUGCCGGCCUUUGUCAAGAUGAAUUCCCUCAACAUCAUCACCUCGCGCGUCUCGCCCCCGCCGUCUCCCACCCAGCCUCGAUUCAACGGUCUCAGCUCCGCCGAAGCUGAUCUCGGCUCCGACGAAAAGUCGCUUGAUGCCAAGGCCGACGAUGACGACGCCCGCGACCAGGCCGGCCGCCACGCUAACGGCUCCUUUGACGACAGGCACGCCGCCGAGGACGAGAAAGCCACCGAGACUUCCACGCUGCUGGAAAAGAGCAAGCAAGACGACAACUGCCGCGCCAGCUGGUGGCAUGCUUUCCCGCGGAACCUCGCGGCGAGCAUCGUCAGCCCCAUCCGCUGGAUCCUCGCCACGCUCGCGUCCCCCGGUGUCUACCUGAUGGCGUGCCUCUACGACGACGAGGGCAACUUUGCGCCCUUUUUGCAGCUCAAGAAGCUGUUUGGUGUCCGCAGGGGCGGGCGCGGCGACUACGCGGCGGCGGCCCAGCCUUGCUCGACAGCGUCGGGCUGGCGUCAUGGUGGCCACGCGCAUCGACCGGCGCUUUCGUCGUCGUCGUCGGGGUCCUCCACCUCGGGCGCAUCCUCCGAGUCCGAGGCCGAGGAGCUCAAGGGCGCCAAGGCCAAACACAACAAGUCUGAAGCACCGCCCGCCUCCGCGGAAGAGCUUGGCACGGGACGCAGGUCCAUCCGCAUCAAGUUGCAGCACGACAGCGGCGUGGGCCAGCGCAAGCACCGGCGGGCCCUGUCGGCCGUCGCGCGGACCAAGGCCAGCGAAGAGGAACUGUCGGCACAGCUCAAGUCGCCGACGUCGCCCAUUGCCGCCCUGACAAGGUACCCCAAGACGCCGGCGCCGCCGCGACCUCUGAUUCCCCGGCGGCAGCCGUCGUACCUCAACUUUGAAGUGCCGCUAAAGCAGCAAAAGACUCUGAUACUGGACCUGGACGAGACGCUAAUACACAGCAUGUCCAAGGGCGGCAGGAUGAGCACCGGGCACAUGGUCGAGGUCCGACUCAACACGGCCUCGCUGGGCAUGGGCAGCGGCCCGGGCGGCGCGGCGCAGCACCCGAUCCUGUACUGGGUAAAUAAGCGGCCGUACUGCGACGAGUUCCUACGGCGCGUAUGCAAGUGGUUCAACCUGGUCAUCUUCACCGCGUCGGUGCAAGAGUACGCCGACCCCGUGAUUGACUGGCUGGAAUCGGAGCGCAAGUUCUUCUCGGCGCGUUACUACCGCCAGCACUGCACGUAUCGGCAGGGAGCCUACAUCAAGGACCUGAGCUCGGUGGAGCCGGAUCUGAGCAAGGUGAUGAUUCUCGACAAUAGCCCGCUGAGCUACCUAUUUCAUCAAGAUAACGCGAUUCCCAUCCAGGGCUGGAUCAACGACCCGACGGACAACGACCUGAUGCACCUGGUGCCGCUGCUCGAGGGCCUGCAGUACGUCCACGACGUUAGAGCGCUUUUGGCAUUGCGCGGAGGUGAGGACGGCCAGCACAUGGCAUGA